CAUGAUGCCGCUGUGGCAGGGUCGGUUGAAGCGGAUGGGGUCAGAGGCGGGCUACACGUUGACAGCUGGAGUAUAAGGAAACAUCGCAGACAAACUGGCAGACGCGUUUAUAUUCAGCGCAAGUCAUGUUCGCGAAAGGUAAAGGGACCGCGGUGCCAUCAGACGGGCAAGCUCGGGAAAAGUUGGCAUUGUACGUCUAUGAAUAUUUGUUACACGUGGGAGCUCAGAAAUCUGCACAGACGUUUUUAUCAGAGAUAAGAUGGGAGAAGAACAUAACCCUUGGUGAACCACCAGGCUUUCUGCACUCUUGGUGGUGUGUGUUUUGGGACCUGUACUGUGCAGCACCUGAGAGAAGGGACACAUGUGAUCACUCCAGUGAAGCUAAGGCCUUCCAUGACUAUAGUGCUGCUGCGGCACCCAGUCCAGUCCUAGGCAACAUGCCCCCCGGUGACAGCAUGCCGGGUGGACCCAUGCCCCCCGGGUUCUUCCAGGGACCACCUGGUUCCCAACCCUCCCCUCACACUCAGCUAGCUCCCAACCCUAACAUGAUGGGGGCGCAUGGACAGCCUUUUAUGUCUCCUCGCUAUGCUGGAGGACCUCGGCCACCCAUCAGAAUGGGUAACCCGCCUCCAGGUGGGCAGCCUUUACCUCCAAAUAUGAUGGACCCUACACGACCAACAGGCCAUCCAAAUCUGGCACCUAUGCAGAGAAUGAAUGCUCCUCGAGGAAUGGGCCCGAUGGGACCGGGACCACAGUCUGAUCCUUGGUUAUCAUUACAGAGCUAUGGAGGAGGAAUGAGGCCUCCAAACUCCAUGGGCGCUGGAAUGCCAGGGGUGAACAUGGGAGCAGGAGCAGGUAGACCGUGGCCUAAUCCUAAUAACGGAAACACAAUACCAUAUUCCUCAUCAUCCCCAGGAACAUAUCUGGGUCCUCCAGGAGGAGCAGGAGGUGGUGGAUGUCCUCCAGGAACACCCAUCAUGCCAAGUCCAGCAGACUCCACUAACUCAGGUGAAAACCUCUACACAUUGAUCAACUCCGUACCACCAGGGGGGAACAGAUCUAAUUUUCCUAUGGGUCCUGGGUCAGAUGGACCAAUGGGAGGACUGGAACCACAUCACAUGAAUGGCUCACUGGGUACGGUUGACAUAGAUGGACUCCCAAAGGUAUUAUUAAACCUAUUAUUUAGACUUAUUAUUUCUUUUGAAAUGGUGUUAAAACUAGCAUAUGGCAACCUUCUCUUCCUCCCCCUACCCUCUUUGCAGGGACCACCUGGUUCCCAACCCUCCCCUCACACUCAGCUAGCUCCCAACCCUAACAUGAUGGGGGCGCAUGGACAGCCUUUUAUGUCUCCUCGCUAUGCUGGAGGACCUCGGCCACCCAUCAGAAUGGGUAACCCGCCUCCAGGUGGGCAGCCUUUACCUCCAAAUAUGAUGGACCCUACACGACCAACAGGCCAUCCAAAUCUGGCACCUAUGCAGAGAAUGAAUGCUCCUCGAGGAAUGGGCCCGAUGGGACCGGGACCACAGUCUGAUCCUUGGUUAUCAUUACAGAGCUAUGGAGGAGGAAUGAGGCCUCCAAACUCCAUGGGCGCUGGAAUGCCAGGGGUGAACAUGGGAGCAGGAGCAGGUAGACCGUGGCCUAAUCCUAAUAACGGAAACACAAUACCAUAUUCCUCAUCAUCCCCAGGAACAUAUCUGGGUCCUCCAGGAGGAGCAGGAGGUGGUGGAUGUCCUCCAGGAACACCCAUCAUGCCAAGUCCAGCAGACUCCACUAACUCAGGUGAAAACCUCUACACAUUGAUCAACUCAGUACCACCAGGGGGGAACAGAUCUAAUUUUCCUAUGGGUCCUGGGUCAGAUGGACCAAUGGGAGGACUGGAACCACAUCACAUGAAUGGCUCACUGGGUACGGUUGACAUAGAUGGACUCCCAAAGAACUCUCCUAAUAAUCUAAGCAGCAUGAUAAAUCCACCAGGAACGCCACGAGAUGACAGUGAAUUAGGAGGAAGUUUCCUACACUCUUUCCAAAAUGAAAACUACUCACCGACAAUGACAAUGAGUGUGUGAAGGAUGAGCUCCAGCACCAAGACACCACAUGUCUUAAAGAACAAGGACCAACCUCACCAAGAACCAGUUGAGUCUAACCUCACACAUCCAUAGGAACCAAAUCCUACCGCAGCUCUGGAUGAGGGUGGAUGCUUCUCAUUUCAGCACGGAUAGAGGAAGGACCUGUCUGAGAUGAGAGCUCCAUCAUUUUAAACCACUCCAAUAUUUUCAUAUAACUUUAACAUAGAAGCCCACACACACCAAGACAACAUAAAUUUGCUUCUUUUUGUUAAGUGGAUCUCAAAAUUUCAGGACCAUGACAACAUUUACACUGUGGAUGUAGUGCAGAAUACUAUGUACUUCAGCGAGGAUGUGCAGCAUGUGUGUAACAUUCCAUUAAGAGUAUUUUAGGAUCUACACCUUAGGCUACAGUAGAUUUGAUAUGCACCAAUGCGAAUGACAAAAAAAUCUAGCAUUCUGCUAUAAUUUCCUUCAUCGCAUACUUGGGGAAAUACAAUGGACUGUUAGCUAAAUAAAAUUACUACUUCUGUUCAAUGUCAUGAUAUUUUAUAACAAUGGAUUUUACUGCUAAAGCCUUUUAAUGAGCCUAAUGUGGGACAUUUUUCCAUGGGACACUCAGAAGAUGACAUGAAAUCAAGAGUUGUUGUGUUUGACCAAACUCCCACCCAAAAACACACUUCAUCAUGCAACACUGCAUCUUUUCUCACUGGCUUGGUUUUCAUUUUCCUUUGUGCCAUUGUAGUGUUUUGACCCAUUGCUGUUUGCCUUUAGUCACAGUUAAAAACGUGCCGCUAACACCCAAAAGACAGUUAUUUAACUAAACUUAGCCAAGAAGGAAUGCCCUCUCACAUUCAACUGCUUUUAUUUCCUUCAAAUAUUUUGAGAUGUGUAAAUAUUUGUAUUAACAAUUUCAACAGCUGAGACAAACUGAACAAGUUUCACAGAUGUGGUGAACAGAAAUGGAAUACUGAGUCCCUGAAUAAAGGGGGUGUCUAUAUCAAAAGUAAAAAGUCUUGUGUGACCACCACACUAAGGUAUUUGCAAGUUCCUGAGCUUCUGGGGGGACACGUGGUUAGCCACUGUGAGGAUGAUUAGCUGUCCUUCCUAUCGCCCUGUUCAAUGAACAAGCUUGAAAAACAUUGUUUAAACACUUUCCAAAAAAUUGGAUUUUGUAAAAUUAUCUUUAAAAUAUAGUAUGCUGAAAAAGGGGUGAUUCAUUUUUUUUGCUGAGUUUAUAUAUUUUAAGUUUCUCUUCCCUAGUCUGUCUUAAUAUUGUACCGCCUUACUUGACCUGUUACAUCAUGUUGUUUAGCCUUUACUGUAUGUAUUAUGUUCCUUGGAAUACACAGUGAAAUGACUUGUGUAAUUUUUAUGAUUAAAUUAUUUUUUUGUUCAUACAACUAUUUCAAGUCUCAUCUCUUCUGCAAGUAAAUAUGUAUAAUAACAA